GUUGCCGAGCAGCAGCCAGUUGUGGUUUUCCUCUCUCUGAGCUCACACUCCUCUCAUCAUCUUCUUUCUAUCUUCUACAUCAUCUUCUUCAACUUUCUCUUUUCAAAUCCUCAACAUUAGUGGACGUACCUGAGUGUGUGUUUGUGUGUGUGUAUGCGUGUGUGUGUGAGUGUGUAAGUGUGCUUGGGGGGGGUUUCAGCAUGGAAGCGGUGGCACUGUACACGUUCCGUGCCACUGAAGGUGAUGAACUGAGUUUCAACAAAGGAGACCUACUGAAGAUCACCAACAUGGAGGAUGAUCCCAACUGGUACACAGCUGAGCUCCACAACAGAAAAGGCUUUGUGCCCAAAAACUACAUCAACCUGCGGCCACAUGCGUGGUUUGCUGGUCGUAUUUCUCGCGGCGUGUCGGAGAGUCGACUGAGACACAGGGAAUGUGGAGCGUUCCUGGUCCGAGAGAGUGAGAGCGCUCCUGGGGAGUUUUCCAUGUCGGUCAGUUACGGGGACCACGUCCAGCACUUCAAGGUUCUGCAGGAUCGCUGCAGUCAGUACUACGUGUGGGACGAGCUCUUCUCCUCCCUGAACGAGCUGGUGGAGUUCUACCAUAGCAACAGCAUCGCCAAGGAGAGGACCGUCUUUCUGCGAGACCCAGAACACUUUGCAAGACGUCCUCACCACGCCCACGCUCUCUUCGACUUCAACCCUCACCACCCGUCUCAGCUACGCUUCCUGCGGGGUGACGUCAUCGAGCUCAUUGACUGCUCCGACUCGCUGCGCUGGAGGGGCCGUUGCCAUGGACACGUGGGCUACUUCCCGCCGGAGUACGUCCAGCCCGCUUACCACUGCCAGUGAACCCACACCCAUCAGCGGGGCCCCGCCGCUCUUGGCUACCGACUCGUGUCUGGAACAGAUGGCUGACAUGCUGAUUGGCUGAUUGACGUGUGACGCAAUCCUCGCAAACACGCUGUACUUCUUCUUCCUGUUUACCACUUCCUGAGAAAACCCCGACAGGCCCCUCCGUCCCGCAUAUUUACACGUGUAGAAUAUUCCAGGUGGAACAAUACUUCCAAGCUUAAAUCCCAUCCACGGCAGACUAAGGAAAAGGAUGAUGCAACACACCCAACCUACAGAUGAAUCAGCCCACCCCCUCGUAAAUGUGCCGUGCCAAGUCGACGCGCACAAAUGUCAUUGUGUGAAUAUUUGGAGCGGGCGCUCUUAAAAUAGGCUGACACGGCAGAUUCAUCCUCAUGGACUCCAAUGUGGGAUUCUGUGUGUGUUUAGGGUCCACUAAUGACUAUUUGGACGCUGCUGUGUGGAAGUGUGGAGUGGGAUGACAACCCUUUACUGUGGGGACCCGCCACGGGGGCCACGGCCUGUUCUCGCACAUAUUUGGCAGGAUUUUGUAUGGAGAAUUUGCAGCACGGCUUAUCCACCAUGGGUCCGGUGGCGCUAAAAUCGCUUUAAAAAAUAAUAUCAUUCCUUGUAUUUUCUAUCUAAAUACAGUGGAACCUUGGUUAGCGUACACCCCAACAUUGAAAAGUUACACCAAAAUGUUACACUCAACUUUAGUCAUUUUAUCACAGAAUGUCCACAUUAGCAGCCUAAUAGCUUGCUAAUACACGACUAUGGAGUUCUAUGCUAGCUAAUGCCAAGGUCACAAUCAGAUGUACACAUUUUUGGCCGUACAAUUUUUGGCGUUCCCCAAAUCGCUGUUGUUUCUGUUCAUGGUGACCAUGAAGAACUCGACACGUGCUAACGUGCUAACGUGCGCUCGUGCAUCGAGUUCCAAAUGCAAAGCAUGAACAUUUAAAGUUAGUGUUACCUUCACCGAUUGCUGACAAAGACGCAAUGUAGCAGCCAGAUCCACACGGACGCCACCUUGGUGUUUUGCCAUGAGUUACUUCUUGAUGGAAACGCCGCCACUUGCCACUUUUUUGGCUCCAUGCUGGGUUAUUUUGCAGCUGGGAUGAAAAGAAACACAAAACAUACAAUUCAGGAAAUAACUAAAUGAUCUCGCUAGCACAUUGUGUCUUUGGCAACGUCUACAGUGAAGGUGAAAGUAACCUUAAACAUUCAUUUAUCAUUUUCACUCAUAAUUUAUAAGCAUAUAUAUUCAUUUCAAAUUGGUUUAUGCAUAUUAAUCUAUGAUUGUAGAAAUACAAAAUAUAUUUUGUGUGAACAUUUAUGGGCUUUAUAUUAUUUCUUAUGGGAAAACUUUGGUUAGAGUACAUAGAGAAGGGAUUAAUGAUGCUAACCAAGGUUCCACUGUCCUUGCAAGAACAAACUGCAUUGUCUUUCAGCUAAAACACGGGAAAAAAAACUCCACUUUGCUGCACAAACACACAACAAUUUUCAACUGUAAACCAGACAUUAAAGUUAAGAAUAUUUAAAUGUUUAUUUGUAUGUCAAUUUCUAAUUUCCAUAUAAGACGUAGAAGAGAAUAGUGAAGGAUACGAUGGAGUGUAUCAAGGUGUUUCUGUUGCAGUACUUAAAGAACUGUAUUUACGAGUCAUUUCAAUAAAGUCAGCAAUCUUUCUCUUUUCA